CAAUGGUGGUCAGAGACAGACAGAGAGACAGACCAUUUGGGCAUCUCAGACCUUUAAUUGCUGUCCCAAUUGGGCGCAGCUGGAUGCACAGAGGCGGAAUCUCGCCGAGACAAACCCGCAUGGAGAAGAGGAGAGCGAGCGCACUAUCGUGUACCGUGUGUGAGUAAGUCUAAGUCGACAGUCCUCCGGCGCCAUCUUGAUCGACCCCCGCGGGGUGAUGGAGUCGGUUCAAGGUUUGUCCCUUUUUCGAGAGAGACUUGACGGUCGAUAUCGGAGCAAUCAUCUUGCCUCCCAUUGAUCCAAUUGUCCAACACUGUACCUAAGAGAUCCACCCUUCCCGCCUGCUCCUCCAGCUUGAAGCUAUUCACUCCUGUCUCCGUCUCUGCUUCUUGUCUUGUCAUCUGGUCCCUUUGCCCACGCGACACACACACACACACCUACCUUACUAUCGUGACCAUCAUCUUGCUUGUUGCUUGUUGCUUCUUCUCAUCUUGUAUCAAGUGAUACUUAGCUUUUAACUGUGACUAUCACCACCAUCACCACCCUCACCUCACAACAUGGCCACAUCAACAGUCAGGGCCUCUGUGCUCCACGCAGCAAAGGACCUCCGCGUGGAAGAGCGCACCCUCCCAGACCUCCAGCCCACCGAAGUCCUGGUCGCAGUCAAAGCCACCGGCCUCUGCGGCUCCGACCUGCACUACUACAACCACUACCGCAACGGCGACAUCCAGGUGCGCCAGCCCAUGACCCUGGGCCACGAGUCGGCCGGCACCGUCACCGCCGUCGGCUCGGCCGUCACACACCUCCAGCCCGGCGACAACGUGGCCCUCGAGGUCGGCCUGCCCUGCGGCGAGUGCAAGCUGUGCCAGGAGGGGCGGUACAACAUCUGCCGGCAGAUGUCCUUCCGCUCCUCGGCAAAGAGCUUCCCCCACGCCCAGGGCACCCUCCAGGAGCAGAUCGCACACCCGGCCGCCUACUGCCACAAGCUGCCCGCCGGCGUGCCCCUCGAGCUGGGCGCCCUCGCCGAGCCCCUGUCCGUGGCCCUGCACGCCGGCGACCGCGCCCGCCUCGACCCCGGCGCCACCGUGCUGGUCCUGGGCGCCGGCGCCGUGGGCCUCCUGUGCUGCGCCGUCAGCAAGGUCCUGGGCGCCAAGAACGUCGUCGUCGCCGACAUCAACGCCGACCGCGUGCGCUGGGCCGUCGACCGCGGCUUUGCCGACGCCAGCGUCGUGGUCCCCAUGAAGAGGCCCGACACCAUCGAGGCCAAGCUCGAGUUUGCGCGCGAGGUGGCGGCGCUGGUGGGCGAGGCCAAGACAAAGGCCGGCGAGGCGGUGGGCGACGUGGACGCCACCUUUGAGUGCACCGGUGUGGAGAGCUGUCUGCAGGCCGCCAUCUACUCCACACAACCAGGCGGCAAGAUCCUCAUCAUCGGCAUGGGCAACCCCAUCCAGACGCUGCCCAUCUCGGCCGCCUCCCUCAAGGAGGUGGACCUGGUCGGCGUCUUCCGCUACGCAAACACGUACCCGCGCGUCAUCGAGCUGCUGUCCGGCGGCAACCCCAAGCUGCCGCCCGUCGCCGAGCUCAUCACACACCGCUACAGCGGCCUCGACAGCAUCCCCGAGGCGUUCGGCAUGGCGGGCAAGGUGAAGGACGACAAGGAGGGCCUGGUCCUCAAGGUCAUGGUGAACAUGUAGACGUUGAUGACUGAAUAGAUAUAUAGCGAGCG